AUGGAUGACAAAGAGAAUAUCGCCGAGGGUAUUCAAGUUUCGCAAUCGGGUUUAUCGCCGCUCAAGAAAGCAAGUGGUCGCAAGACGCGCAGCAAGAGUAUCGGACCAGGAGGCUUGAAUGAUGCACCACUCAAGGAUAAUACAGGGAAUAGGCGCAAGUCUGCGUUCAUCCCAAGUGGCAUUCUCCCCAGCAAGGAAGAUGAGAAGAAACGUCGUGAGGCCAGGCGCAAGUCUCUCGCGAAUCGACGCGUCUCUUUUGCGCCAGAAGCUACUCUACAUACAUGGGACGUGAUAGAGUACAUCGAAAACGCGACCAAUUCCUCCUCAUCCUCGAGUUCGACCCGACGGAACUCUGCAGCGCCUAAUCGCUCACCGCAGGAAAAUGCGGCAGCGCAACUCUCUGACGUGGAGCCACCAUCUACACCCCAAGAGCAAUUAGACGAGCCUAUCAUAAAAGAGUCACCUGGAAAUCAACGCGAUGCUCAUCAGAAGAAACGACGAAGAAGCUCGGGAAUACCACCAUUAGACUUCAACAAUCCGGAAGACGUCUUUUCUUCCAGCCCAAUGGACGAGAGCUCGUACAGCGGGGACGAAGAAGAAGACGCCGACGUGCAGGCACCGACAGCUUUUAUUGAAGGGGAAGAGAACACGUCUGCAUCAAUUGGCAGCUGCUCUGGAGAAUCUACAGGCUCAAGUGCACGGCUUGAUGCCGCUUUGAAACAAGCAAGCACCUAUGCCGGAACACAAAGACUAGAUUUUGACGAGAACGGAGACAUGUCAAUGGAAAUAGCUGGUGAUGAAGUCACAGCUGCUUUCAAGCCUUGGUGUCAAAAGUCAGCUGGAACACUGAAUCCGUCGAAGGACACGACGGCUAAGUUCGAUCAAGAGAACGUGAAUCCGUUUCCCACAGACAGUAGCGAUCGGUCUCGGCAUAGAUUGACUGGCAAGGUCGAGGAGAUGCCCAGUGGCGACGCGGAGGACAUGAGCAUGGACAUCACUCGUGCCAUCGGCGGUAUUAUCCGAUCAGAAAACGACCUGGUCUCGGAUGACGGAGACGCAACGAUGGAGUUCACUACCGCAAUAGGGUGUAUCCAAAAGCCAGAGCCACACCCCCAGCCUAAUCGGAGAGCAUCACUGAAACGGCGUCGCUCAUCCGCUCUUCCUCAUCAGGGUGCCACAGAAGAAGGUAGUCCGGCUAACAAACAAUCUCGACGUAGUAGCUUAAGAAUCCGAUCAUCUCCCGCGGACACUUCUAUUGUUGAAGACGAAACAAUGGAAUUCACUAUGGCGCUAGGCGGUAUACAGCAGCCUGGCUCGCUCAAAGGCUUGGAAGACAGACGCAGUAGCAUCAAUACGUCUCUUGUAGAUGAGACCAUGGACUUUACAAUGGUGGUUGGCGGUGGAAUUAAACCGACGAUGGCCCAAGAACACGAUGAUAAGCUGGGCAAUGAGAGUGGAGACGACAACGAGGAAUUGUCCAUGGAGUUGACUGCUGUUCUGGGAGAGAUUAUAAAGGCGUCUCCGAAGCCUGUAACUCCAGUCAAGAGUCCUGCUAAAACAUCCACUGUUGAGUCCCACAUUUCGACCAAUGUGACGAAGAGAAGCCCUGGCCGAUCCCGGGCAAGCUUGGGCUCGCCCACUAAGUCUCACUCUAACAAAGCACAGCAGUCUCCACGGCGAACUGCCAGGAAAAGUUUGCUCAGCUUACCUCCGACUACGUCAGACGAUUUGAAGAAUGAUCCAACCAAGCUAGAUGUUUUGGUAGCCUUUGGUGACUUUUCUGAAGCUAAAGACAAGGACACAUCAACUCCGACACCAAAGACAGUACGUUUCGGUGCCGACUCAGUUGGCUCUGAGAAGACUCCAUCGCCAACAAGGAAAAUACCAAAACCGUCUACGCUCAGUGUAGAGGCGGAAGAUUCAAGUGCUUCAGAGGAGUUCUCAGAGGAGCCAACGUUGAGGAGCACCGCAGCUCUCUUCAAUUCUAUGAAAGCAUUGUCUACUCCAAGGAAGCAGGCUCAACCAUCCCCUGCCAAGCGUGCAACACCGAGGAAGUCAUUCGCUCAGACGGAAAAUGCAGCGCGAUCAAGGGCUCCUACCCCAAACAAGCGGACACCGAGGAAAAGCAUUAGUCCAAGCAAGCAGGCACGAUUCGAAAUCUUGGAAGAUCAGGAUCCUCACGGACCUCAAGAUAACAGCUCUGUCGAUACUGCUAAACAGCCAGAACCGGAGCGAAUCCAGCUCCAGGAUUUCCUCGAUAUGACCAAUAUUAAGUUCAUGGAUCUUACGACAACGAAGCGACGCCAUACCGCAGCUCCAUCCGCAUUUCUAAAUAAGAGGACAAGUCGUGAUCUUGGAGAUCAGGAUGAAAAACCUAGCCUCGCGAGCUGUGUCGUCGCUGCCGCGUGCACGGCCCCUGAAUAUGAGAUGUACCAGCAUGCAUGCUAUCAACUCAAGCAGCACAUUUCCCAAGGCAAGGACAUAGUAAACGGCAUUGAAGCCAGUGUAGAUGAGGAGACCCCGCCCCUAUUCAAAGAGUUCCUGUCUGCUCCUCCAGAUCAACGCUACGUCAUGAGCAAUCAGCUCAAGAACAUGAAGACUUUUUCUAGACUCAACAGCAAGGAAGUCUGGUACAAUUGGCGAAGUAGUCUGCUGCGCGAUCUCAAGACUGCUCUCCUCAAGACUAGUAGGGAGCUAGAUCUAGAUGACGCAGUCUUGCAGAAGCAAGAAGAAAUACUCGAUUCCACUAUGCCUACACUGUCUAUUCGCUACAAGAAGCUACGUACAGAGGAGCAGCAACUUCAGCAGCGGGCUGAUGAGCUAUUGAGCUGCGACAAGGAGGAACUUGAUGCGACGCGUGACAGACUAGUGGCUGUAGAGUCCGAACUUGAGCAGAAAAGGCGUAUGUUGUUCCAAUUACAGGAAGCGCAAAUGCAGACGGAAGCAACUAUUGAUGCUGUAAAAGAACGCAAGGUUGAUUGCUUGAGUGAAAUUCAAGAAGCAGAACGUGUACGUGAAGAAUGCCGCGGCUGGUCUGCGAGUGAAGUGAACGCACUCAAAAACAGGGUUUCCGCGCUCGAGACAAAGUAUGGAUGGUCUAUCACCUCUGCCAACACUGUCCCUGCACCAACAUUGACAAUGACUUAUGCCUCAGACCUUGAGCUCUAUUUCCAUCCACUUGCUUUCUCGCCUCAUGCCGAUCAUAGUCAAGCUUCCUCAAUGUCACUAACAUACAUCGGCGACUCGACUCCAUCUCCACGACCUCUUACAACUAGCAAACGAUUUUUCUUACAAUUGCUCCGCGCUCAUCUCCACUCGAUUACCCAAAGCUCCACAUCUAUCCCUAGUCUACUUACCACUAUCAAGACCGGUUGGCAGAUGGCUUUGGCUCUGUCAGAAGGGGUCCGGAGUCUGGAGGUGGUUGGUAUCUGUGAAGAGAGCAUCUUGUCUGAUGAGCAUACUGCAGUUUCUGUGAUGCUUGUGCUGGGUUCCCUACGCACUAAAGUCCGCGUCACGUUCGAAGUCGGGGUCAGUGCGAACGAGACCAUAUUCGAAAGCACUGUGAAUGUUAAAGCAGAUGUGAUUUAUGGCGAGAGAUAUAAGGAGAACACGAUGACCGAUUUCGUAGGAUCUAAGGUUGGCGACAAGCUGAAGGCGCUGGGGGAGAUGUGUGCCUGGGGCGAUGCAGUUGAAGAUCUGAAAGCGAGAUUGAUUCAGAAGGGACCCAAAGGAGAAAGGGUUUGAAUUACUAUGGUGACCUUUCCUUUUUCCAUUCUUACGAUACUUACGACUUGAUGACUUCUGGUAGAGAUGGAUUCCCUAGGCGCGGCAUGCAUGAUUUAGCGAGGUUCUGUUUACUGCUUGUGGACCGGAGGCCGCAGACAGACUAGGGUGCUGCUGUGCACACUAAAUCCUACCAUAUUACUGUCAAUUCAUUCAUACUCCAUGCCCUCUAUGCUUUCAGUGACUCUGUAUAG